AACUCUGCACCGUGACCAUAAGCCGUCAACGAGCACUUUCCACGCUACUCUGGAGCAGACUUUCCAGUAACUGGAGAGAGGCGCAGUGGGGUUGUGUCACGUUUCACGCAGCGGCCCUGCCCACCGCUCGAGCACAUGGGACGUCUGGGCGGGUCGACGGCGCGCACGGCCGCUCCGCCUCCGAGGCGUCGUGGAAGAAAGGAGCGCGGCCGAGGAGGCUGCGGCGACGGGCGAUAAACAAUCAACGUGUUUAUUUUGCGCGACGCGGCCACUUCUGCGGGUGCGCACGUGGGGACCGUGGGGCAGGCGGAGUCGACGCGCCGCCCCGUUGUGCGCUCUGGAGCGACGCACGGCGCGUCAAAGGAACGCGGACUUCUCUGGGCGCCUUGUGUUUACACAGGAGCGAUCCACGGCCACGUUUUAGCGAGCGAGGGAGCGAGCGGGCUCGGUCGGGACGGGGCAGGACCGAACCGAGUGUCGUCUGACACCGUGCAAACGGCGGCGGAGCAGAACAGGGAAGAGGCAAAUCACCAACACUUGACCUUAUAAGUGAACUGACUUGAAAUCAGUGAAGGAGAUUCGUCCAGAGGAGAGAUUCUUGGAGGCAUUCUGUUAAAGGCGAAGUGUUGCAGCUGGUCGACAGUGGGAGCACAUGUCGAGCUAAUCGCCUCGUUGUUGGAACUUUCCCCGUGGAUGUGUGCGGGCUAACUGUUGCGAACUAACCGCAACUGCGCGUGGCCCUGAUUGCGGGGAUCGGCAUCUCCGUUGAAAGCAGUCCCGCAAGAGCGGAUCCCGAAAAACCCGACCCGCUCGACAUGGAGAGCCGAACCGAGAGGGAGGGGGGGAGCGGCGCCCGUGCGGACGCCAGGUUCGCGCUGACCUACGUCGGCUGGUGCUCCCUGGACCGCCGCACCAGCCUGCCCAUGCUGCCGUGGCUGGUGGCGGAGAUCCGCCGGAGGAGCGAGAGGGGCGACUGCGGCCCCGUGGCGCCGCCGAGGGACGUCCAGCUGGUCCUCAACAGCCCCUUCGUCCGCUGCGUCCCCUCCAGCAGCAGCAGCGCGUCCGUGUUCAUAUUCGAGCACAAGGCGCAGCUCAUCUCUCGCUUCAUCCACAACAGCAACGACCUCAGCUACUUCGCCUACCUGCUGCGGGGACAGCCCGACAACCCCGAGUCCGAGAUGUCCUGUCACGUGUUCAAGGCGCGCGACCCCAACCAGGUCCCUGAGGUGAUCAGCAGCAUUCGCCAGGUGUCCAAAUCGGCGCUGAAGGAGGACGCCAAGCUCAAACAGGACGCCGACGAGGCCUUCUACAACUCCCAGAAGUUUGAGGUUCUUUACUGCGGCAAGGUGACCGUCGGACACAAGAAGGCUCCGGCCAGCCUCAUCGACGACUGCAUCGACAAGUUCCGUCAGCAUGAGGUGGAGCGCAAGCGCGUGCGGCUGCUCAACGGCCGACGGGGGUCCUCGGAGAGCGGCCCCGUGGAGUUCCUGAUGGGCGCGGAGGGAGACCCGCUAUCGGACGACACCGAGGCGGAUGACGCAGGAACUGCCCUCGGUGCCGGCCAGAGCAGCCUGCGCGGAGCCUUCCCCGAGUGCAUCCUAGAGGACUCAGGCUUCGAGGAGCCCCAGGAGUUCCGCACCCGCUGCAGCAGCCUGGCGGGGAGCCUGCAAAGGAAGCCGGGGGCCGACAGUGUGCUGAUGGGGCCCACGCGGCGCAGGCACGCCAGCGCGCCCAACCACGUGCAGCCGUCAGACGCCGACAAGAACCGCACCAUGCUGUUCCAGGUCGGCCGUUUUGAAAUAAACCUCAUAAGUCCAGACAGUAAAACAGUGGUGCUGGAGAGGAACUUCAAGGACAUCUCCUCCUGCUGUCAGGGAAUCAGGCAAACCGACCAUUUUGGGUUCAUCUGUCGGGACCAGACCGACUCCGGUCCCAGUCAGUAUGGGUGCUAUGUUUUCCAGUGUGCAAACGAGUCCCUGGUGGAUGAGGUGAUGCUGACCCUCAAGCAAGCCUUCACUACGGCAGCAACUCUGCAGAGCAGCAAGACCCAGAUCCAGCUGUGCGAGGCCUGCCCCAUGCACGACCUGCACAAGCUCUGUGAGCGCAUCGAGGGCCUCUACCCUCCCAGAGCAAAGAUAGCCAUCCAAAAAUAUCUGUCCCAGCUGGCUGACAAUGAGCAGGCUGAGGUUUUCGAGCGAGUCCAGAAACUGAAGCCCGGCUCCGACCAAGAGGAGAACGAGCUGGUGAUUCUCCACCUGAGACAACUGUGUGAAGCCAAACAGAAGUCCCACCUCCACAUUGGAGAAGCACCUCAGAACGCGGGGAGCAGCUCGCCGGCAGCAGACGGCUCCGCCACCAGCAGCCGCUUCAAGCUCGACAUUCUCAAAGCGCGCACCUCCCUCACCAGCUCCCUGGAGAACAUCUUCUCAAGGGGUGCCAGCCGGAUGCGGGGCCGCUUGGGAAGCAUGGGGAGUACCAGCAGUUUUGAAAGACAGGAUGAAGAAUCUCCCGGCCACUCCCCUCCCGGCUCUCCUCCCGCCUUCCCGGACGACGACCCGGAGGCCGGCCUGCAGUUCCGCCGCCGCGCCCACACCUUCAGCCACCCGCCCGUGAAGAAGCGCAUCUCGUUCGAGGGCCCGCCGGCCGCCGGGCAGGACCGGCAGGCCCCGCUCCGCAGGCAGCAGUCUGUAAACCCAGAACUGCUGCAGAGCAGCGCCGGGGCCGUGGCGAGAAAGCGCAGCGUGUCGGAGAGCGAGUCCUCCUUCAGCCUCCCCUCCUCAUUCUCCGCUCCCACUUUCCUGAAAAGCUUUUACCAGGGCUCACUGGGCUCGCUGGCAGACGGUGGGAGCCCCAAGAGCAAUGGAGAAGGCAGGAAGAGAACGCUGUCGAGCUGCAGCAGCGACUCGGUGAGCGGCCCCCCUUCGACGCCACGCAGGGUCUCCUGGAGACAGAAGAUCUUCCUGAGGGUUGCUUCGCCCUUGAACAAGCCGUGUGCAUCCAUGCAGCACCCAGAUCAUUCGGAUGCCCGCGAGCUUCUGCCUCUCUCUCCUCACACCUUGGGCUCGCGUCUGGACCCUCUGGGGCGCCUGCUGCCGUCGGGCGGCUCAGAUUCCGGGGAGAGACCCAGGAGGACGCAGGCCGAGUACCGGGCCCUGUGGAAGACCGCCAUCCACCAGCAGAUCCUGCUGCUGCGCAUGGAGAAGGAGAACCAGAGGCUGGAGGCGAGCAGAGAUGAGCUGCACAUUCGCAAGAUGAAGCUGAGCUACCAGGAAGUGGGCCAGUGCUCCAAUGACGCGCAGGCUUUGUGGGAGAGAAAGCUGAUCGCCCCAGGCAGGACGACACACCCACAGGACCGGGAGGAGAUUUACCGCGCGCUCUGCCAAGGGGUUCCCAAGAGCAGGCGUGGAGAGAUCUGGUUGCUUCUGUUCCAUCAGCACCGGCUGCGUCACAGACCCCCUCAGCGUCAGCUGGCGCCGGAGACCCCCUACCAUGACCUGCUGAAGCAGCUCACAUCGCAGCAGCAUGCCAUCCUGGUGGAUCUGGGCCGGACCUUUCCCACUCACCAGUACUUCUCGGCCCAGCUGGGCGCGGGCCAGCUCUCCCUUUACAACCUCCUGAAGGCCUACUCUCUGCUGGACACAGAGGUGGGCUACUGCCAGGGCGUCAGCUUCGUAGCGGGAGUGCUGCUGCUGCACAUGAGCGAGGAGCAGGCCUUUGACAUGCUGAAGUUCCUGAUGUACGACCUGGGCAUCAGGCGGCAGUACAGGCCUGACAUGGUCUCGCUGCAGAUUCAGAUGUACCAGCUCUCCAGGUUGUUGCACGACUACCACCGCGACUUGUACAAUCACUUCGAGGAGCACGAGAUCUGUCCGAGCCUCUACGCGGCACCGUGGUUCCUCACUCUCUUCGCCUCUCAGUUCCCUCUCGGCUUUGUGUCCCGCAUCUUUGACUUUGUAUUCGUCCAGGGGACCGAGGUGAUCUUCAAAGUGGCCCUCUGCCUGCUGAGCAGCCACGAGAGCGAGAUCGUGGAGUGCGACAGCUUCGAGAGCAUCGUGGACUACCUGAAAAUCACUCUUCCAAGCCUCGCUCAGGCACAGAUGGAGCAGACCGUUGCGAAGGUCAUGGAGAUGGACAUCUCCAAGCAGCUGCACGCGUAUGAGGUGGAGUACCACGUCCUGCAGGACGAGAUGCUGGACGUCGGCUCGCUGCCCGACGACUCCGAACGACUUGAUAAACUGGAGAAGACAAACACGCAGUUGAAGAAGCAGAACAUGGAUCUGCUGGAAAAGCUCCAGGCGGCACGGCAGAAGAUCCAGACGCUGGAGACCAGCGUGGAGAACUUCCUCUCUCGGGAGAGCAAAAUGAAGCACGUGAUCCGCUCUUUGGAGCAGGAGAGGGCCGCCCACCAGAAGACCAUCGAACGCAUGCGCUCGUGCCUUCCCUCCGACGCCCUGACAGAUGUGGAGAUGACCCAGAUCAAAACGGGGCCCAACGGGAAAGCCAAAGCUGCAGCCAAGAAGCCCUGAUGGGGCCGGCUGCUCCGGGCACACGCUCACACUGCAGACUGGCGUGAACAAAUGAGACGGCUGCUGUUGUGCUGCUGCACGGGAUGUGUAACGUCUGAACAGACUCUGUGGGGGAACGUCGACGUAGCGUUUGUCGGCAGACGAUGGCGGUGAGAGGACGCUUCCAGUUGUAUUAACGGACACACACUGCCAGCCUGAAGGCGAGAGCGGGUCCUUGUCUUUUGUGGAUCACGUGACGGACACCUCUCUCUUUUUAAGCAGUUGCCUUUAUGUACUUGCCUCCAGUCUCAGUGUCGCCAUGACAGCAGAGAACAGCCGGUGCCCUCCGGACCUCAGGUUCACGUUAAAGCCAUUACCGGAGCGCACGGCGCAUUGUUUUUGUGUGUGUGUGUGUGUGUGUGUGUGUGUGUGUGUGUGUGUGUGUGUGUGUGUGCGUGAGUGCCUGGGAUGAAAACUCUGUGUCAUGCUACGCACAUUGCUUUGUCUCUAUCCUCUCUUCCCUUGAGUGUAAUUUCCCACAUGCUUGUGAUAUCACUGUUGUUCACCUGGGCUGAGCGUUGCCCUGUUGCUGGACGUCUAGCGUUUAUAGUAGAGACCUAUAGAGAGCGACCUUUUCGUGUUUGCACUUGCUGCUUUCUGAGGAGGAAGUGUUUCUUCCAGAGCUCAGGCAGGAUGUGAGGCUGUCUACCCUCGCAGCUUCCUGUGUGACUGACCGCGGUGUCGUCUCGCUUUAGCGCGGCGCUCAGCUCCGACUCCCUCAGGAGGCGCCGGAACAGCGCACAAAGGUGAAUGAGCCGCCUGAAUGUUAGAUCACUUCUGAACGUCUCUGCAGCCCUUUUCAGUUUGACAGACGCAGCCACAGCAGUUUCUGAGUCCCACAUUUGAGUGGUUGGAGACUACGAGACGAGACAUAUGUGCAGCUUGUACGUCUGCCGGUCACGUGUGUUUGCAUUGAAACUGAAGCGCUAGAGACACAGGAAACACUGUAAGAGAACUUCAGCUUUCGCCGUCGCUCGCUCGCUCGCUCGCUCGCUCGCUCGCUCUCGUUAGUUUUGUUUGUUCCCUCCUCCGUGUCUGACUCACUGUUGAAGGUUGUGAUGGAAAGCAAACCAGUCCUGGACUCGGCUGGGUUUUCAGACGACACCUGCUGAUAAAAACCAAGGUGAUGUCUGUUAGGAGGAGGAAAGUAAAGUCCCAUUCGUACAGUGUUCCUCACUUCCUGUCCUUGGGGACAAUUUGAAGUGACACUUGUGUGUUUACAUCGGUGUAAAGCUUUUUAUUGUCCAGCUUCAGUCCCAGCACUUUGCCUUCGUUGGCAUAAAAGGAGCGGCUGCACACGCCGUGUGUCAGGUGCUCGGCUUCACCCUGGCGUUCCCUGUCAGGGUGAGUCGUUCUUAUGCUAAUGAGGCGAUGCUGUAAAGACCCAUAAAUAAUGAAUAGUGGCUUCAGCAGCUCAGAAAGUGAAACAUAUCCAGUGACUCAUUUGGGACUGGGUUGAGACACGUACUCCUGCACAGCUUCUCUGCCUCUUACGCCUGGUUUCUGUGUAUGUACAGUGUUUGCGCGUCAUAGAAACUGACCACACAACCAAAGAUGUGGAUGUUUUGGAAUGAACGAAUUCUCCCCAAAUGCUGUUUCAGCUUCAGCAGCCGCGUUUACUCAUCGCUGCACAGCGUUCGUUUCUCCGCGGCUUGCGAAGCGGUGCCAAACGUUACUGACGGCCUUGGGUCUCCAUUAAUCGGGGAUGCGAGGCCGGUCUGUGGAUGUCAUGUGGUCAGUGGGGGGUUUAUAUUUCACAUCAGGUGCUCUGAUGUCCCGACUACUGAAUCGUGCUACUAUCACUGUGUUUCGAGCAAAGACUGUCAAGACGAGGGCUACACAAAAGCAAAUAAAGAGUUUCUCCUCUAAACCUCA